AGUUACUGACUGGUUUUCUGAUCCACACCAGAUACUGACUGGUUUUCUGAUCCAAACCCCUACUGUUUUAUUAAGGUAUCAGUGACCAACGGAUGCACAGCUGUGCUCCCGGUCAUGUGACUUCCAUAGAUUCAUUUAUUUAGUCUCAUUUCCUUAUGAACUGUAACUCAGUAAAAUCUUUGAAAUUCUUGCAUGUUGCAAUUCUAUUUUUGUUCGGUGUAGCUAAAUACAAAUUUCAUAACCAAAAUAUAAUAUAUAUAUAUAAUCAUUGCAUUAGUAUUCAGCCACUUUAAGGCACGCCUAAAUUAGUUCAUUAAUGUGGCGUAACACAUCACAUAAGUUACACGGACUCUGUGGGGAGGGGGGAUCAUUUCUCACAUCAGAUAAAGAUUGACAUGCUUUUUGAACUACUAACGCUGUGCCUCGUGAUAUAGAUAGAUGAGAUCUACGGUCCUUCUGUCAAGUAAUGAAUUUCAAGCACAGAUUCAACAACAAAGACCAGGGAUCUUUUGAAAUGGGUAACACAUAUUUUUUUUAAAUCUGACCUUGAAUAUCUCCUCAGUAAAAGGUAUAUGACAGCCCACUUGGGAGUUUGCCAAAGGCAGUUAAAGUUUCUUAGACAAUGAGGGAAAAAAUGAUCUGGUCUGAUGAAACCAAGAUUGAAAUCUUUGGCCUGAAUGUCAAUCGUCAUGUCUGGAGGAAACGUAUCGGUGAUCAUCGGCCAUUACACAACCUGGAAAUUGCAAAUUCAACGAUGAGUGGGUUGGAAGGAAUCAGUGGCUAACUGCAAGUGUUGCAAAGCAAUCACUAUUUUGCUUCCUGUCUGUCAUCUCACAUUUUCCUCCAUCUGUGUGCACGGUUGUGAACCUUAAUUCAUAGGUUGUAGCAUGAUAGAUAUAGUUUAGGUGUAGACAGCUACAAAAUACUUAUCAAUGUUCCAUUGAACUGGGUGAAUGGAAUAUGAAUGACAGUAACCUAAACCUAUCGAUGUUACAUUGAACUGGGUGAAUGGAAUAUGAAUGACAGUAACCUAAACCUAUUGAUGUCACAUUGAACAGGGUGAAUGGAAUAUGAAUGACAGUCAUCCAAUAUGCUGUAAAAGAAAUAAGGCCAUGCUCAUGAGAAGGGGAAGAAAUCGUCCUCGUCAUCAACCGCAGAUGGUUGUCCGUCUGAACUGAGCUGCAGGGUGGGAAGGAAACUGAUCAGGGAUGAUACCAUAAGGCCAUUGGUGAUAUUAAAAUGGCUAGAGUUCAAUGUCUGAUGGUAGAGAACUGAGGAGAUUGAUCAACAACAUUGUAGUGACUCCACAAUGAGUGAAAAUAUAAUCAUUUAUUUUCAAGCAUGGUGGUGGCUGCAUCAUGGAAUGCCUGUCAUUGGUAAGGACUAGGGAGGUUUUUUUUUUGUAUAAAAAUACAUGGACUGGAGCUAAGCACAGGCUAAAUCCUAGAGGAAAACCUGGUCGUCUGCUUUCCACCAGACACUGGGAGAUGAAUUCACCUUUCAGUAGGACAAUAACCUAAAGCAGAGGGCCAGAUCUACACUGGAGUUGCUUACCAAGAAGGCAAUGAAUGUUGGCAAAGUUAGUUUCGACUUCAAUACUGUCUAAUAAUGAUUCCCCCCCCAAACAUCUUGAAUAGUUUUUGAAAAGAAUACCGGGCAAAUCUUGCACUAUCCAGGUGUGCAAAGGCCUUGGCGCCCAAGAAGACACCACUUUAAUCGACUCCAAAGGUUUUUCUAACAGGUAUUGACUCGGGGAGCUGACUCGGGGAGCUGACAACUUAAGCAACGACUAUUUCAGUUCUUAUACAUUUUACAUUUUUCUUUAUUUUGUGUAGAUUUCUUGUAACCUACAUGUGUAGUUAUUAACUAUAAUAUUAUCUCUCUCUCAGUUGUCAGAGCAUCACAGGGAGCUGCGUAGUGCCUAUGUCCUGAGGUCUCUAUACCACUACCCCUUGUAACCUACAUGUGUAGUUAUUAACUAUAAUAUUAUCUCUCUCUCAGUUGUCAGAGCAGCACAGGGAGCUGCGUAGUGCCUAUGUCCUGGGGUCAUGCAUAGCUAUUAAUCCCUUCUAUGAGGAGGCCAUACAGUUGGCUGAGGAGGGAAAGAUCUCCUGCAGAGUACACAGGACUGAGCUGCUGGAUUGUCUUGGGGACACUGACUUCCUGGCCAAGUUACACUGUGUGCGGCAGGCCUGUCAACUGAUUCUGUGUGAGAGGGCAACGAGGACGUUUCUGGCCGAAACCGGAAAGAAGAUACUGUCUUCCAUUAUUGUAAAAGCGCAUAAGAGCCCGAAGAGGUUUGAAGAAGUGUUUGAGGAGAUGAUUGUUUUCCUGGAGCACCCGGAACACUGGGAGAACACCGAGGUGGAGCUGGCCACGAGAGGGGUGAAACACCUCAACUUCUAUGACAUAGUGUUGGACUUCAUCCUGAUGGACUCAUUUGAGGACCUGGAGAAUCCUCCCAUCUCCAUCCAGAACGUUGUCAACAAUCGUUGGCUCAACUCGUCCUUCAAAGAGACCGCGGUGGCGUCUAGCUGUUGGUCGGUGCUGAAGCAGAAGAGACAACACAUGAGGGUGCAUGAUGGGUUCAUAGCCCACUUCUACUCUGUGUGUGAGCAGGUCAGUCCUGUCCUGGCCUGGGGCUUCUUAGGGCCCAAGACUUCCCUGCACGACUUCUGCUGCUUCUUCAAGGAUCAGGUGCUGUUCUUCCUGAAGGAUGUCUUUGACCUGGAGAAGGUGCGUUACUGCAGUGUGGAAACUCUAGCUGAGGACAUGCUCCACCUCCUCCAUCGCCGGUCUGAGCUGCUGUUGGCCUACCUGGGGGCGGACUCCCACUCCCUGCAGCACAUCAACAGCUGCGUCACUGCCACCCCCCUCACCACAACAGCCAGCCCCCAACUCCACCCCUCCGCCCUGGAAGAGGCAGUGGGAAGCCAGAUCUAUCCCUAGAUCUGAGAAAAUUAAAUGGGUCUCUAAAAGUGCAUUGGGUUGAUUUGGGAUUGGGCAAGAGACACCCAGUCCCAAAGUAACUGCUAGCCACUUAUGGAGAAUGGAUAAGGGGGUUGAUUGGGCAGAGACUAAGCUAGUGUCACAACCCUUGUUCUCAACCCAGAUUGACAGAUCUCUUUAUGAAGGCCCCAUAUGAUGGUGACCGACUGGAACAUUUUAAUACCUUUCUGUCACUUCUCUCCACACACAAUGAUCAUGGUGUCUGUGCAUGUUAUAAUAUGGAUGUUUCCCCAUACGAAAUCAUGCUUAAAGUAACCUUGGAAUGAGUGAUGUUUUUGACAGAAUGAGUUUGCAUUGUAAAUGCAGACAGUAUUUUAAUGGGACUAUGGACUAUGAGGGUUGCAAAAUUCCAGUAAGCUUUCCAAAAUUCCUAGACGUGUUUGGUUAGAAGAUUCCUGGAAUCAGGAGAGAAUAAGCAUGAAAUCUGGGAAUCCUCCAACUGGAAUUGCAGGGAAGAUUUUGGGGAAGUUCCCAGAAUUUUGCAAACCUAGACAUCAGUCUGAGCUGUUUUAGAAGCUAAACACUGCGGUUUAAUUUAGGUAUUUAUUUGACUGGCAUCUAGAUAUCUAGAGGUCAUGGUAUGCAACUGUCCUCUAGACGUCUAGGGAAAGAACCAUGACAAAGGUUUUAUAUGGUCAUUUCAUUAGUCUAAU